AAGUGCUAUAUUGUACUACAGUGUCCGAUAUGACUCUUUUUACCACCAUUUUACGGAUCUAAACACAGCCCUAGGUUUCUCCGCCCGACAUCGACACAUACGAUGGUGUGCCUCUGUGACCACCGUAUCAAUCGGUGUGUGUUGUCUGCUCGUUCCAGAGAGUUUUCGCCCGUGUCUAUCUCUGUCCACUUCACACCGACUGAUCCGGUGGAGCGCCUGGUGUCCACCGGAUAGACCGGUGGUGACUUCACAGAGAGUUUUUCGCUAGCUUUGGUUUCUCCGCCCGUCACCGAUUGUUGCGGUGCUUGGCCCUGUGCCUCAGCGCAUUAGUCGGUGCUCUCUGUCUAGUGUUGAUUUGAGUGUUUCGUUGUGAGUUUAUUGCUUCUGCUUGUGUGUUGAGCUUUGCGGUUGCGUUUGGGAUAUAGGCCCGUUCUCGAGGAAAGAAUUUUGUGAGGCUCACAUUCAUCCCCCUCUGGGUUGCCUUUUCGGUCCUACAUCUUUAAAAACGAAAAAGUGUUAUUAGUGAGGGAGAUAGAAACUACAUAAGUGAUAGGGUUUAGUUAAUCUGCUGCAGAUGCUCUAACAACAUAUCUACACAAUUAUAAUCAGGACGCACCAUGAUCAACGAUUUUUGGUAGUUCUCUUUUUCUUUGAUUAAUAUGACAAUUUCUAGGCCUUGACAACGAACAUGGUGGUUCAUUUUGUCCUGUUUUAAUUCUAGCCUCAAAUGCUCUGAUCCAAAAGGGCUCUUAUGUUAAUCUGUUGUUUUUCUUCUCUGAAAGUCUUAUCAUGUUGAAAUUUCCUACCACCAUCCAUUUGAGCUGCGUUUUGCAUUUUUAGGAUUUCGAGUUCUUCAAUGAAAAUGGUUUUCGGACCAUGAUCUUCGAUCCUGUGAUCCAUAUGGCCGGAAAAAGACCCCUAAAAACGAUACGACAGUUUCAACACUCAAGAUUGUUAAUAAAAAAAUACACAAAAACAAAUGCUUACGAAGCAUGCUACAGCUGUGCAAGUCCGGCUACAUGCAUGCCGAACUUGCUACCAAUUUACCAAAGGCGGGGGCACAAACGAACGGGCGGAUCUAGGGCCUGAGCUGGGGGCUGCAGCCCGGGUCCAACCCAUGUAAUGCCUACAAGCCCUAUGAGUGAGUCAGUGGUCAGGUCAAGAAAGAGGAUGGCUGAAUAGGAGCCAUUUCUGGGUCCGCCAAAUGGAGCCAGCUGCCAGACACUUCCAAGUGAGAAAACAGAGCCCGGAAGCAGAGAAAAGGAUAGCUGAAACAGAGCACACCCACGCAGCUUCAGGAAAAAGUACCACCGAAAGCACGCUAUGGUUUCGCAGCAACUUCUUUCGUCUCUUGGAGUCUUGGAGACAUGGAAUUUCGUGGCGACACCGAAAAGGGUCACGACUCAGGAAAGUAUCACCAGCUAAAGCUAUAUUGUUAUGCCUUGCUUCUCUUUUCAGAAAGGACGUGCGUCCAAUAGAAUUUUGCCGAAUUUAAAGCUUGCCUCUGUCUCACAUGGGGGCCCUUGAUUUUCUGCUAGCACAUUGAGCCCACUUGUCUGUGAAGGACUGAAGGUCCUGAUUAUGGUGAGGCGUGUAUAUUACUCCUGAAUUACUGAGGGACAAAAGGAUGAAGGGGAAAGUUUGAAGUCUAAACCUGUUCUCCAGUCGCUACUCACCUAGCUAGGAGAAGAAGGUAGCAGGAAGCCAGGAAGCCUCAAGAUCCCUUGUCAAUCUCUACCAGCAGAUUGAUUAUUGCGAGGCGAGGCUUGGGCGGAGAUGACCGCAGUUGGAGAGAAGAUGAUGGUGAGUGCCUUGACGGGGGUGAUGAGCCCUCUCAUCGGCAAGCUCAUCAAGCUCAUGGAGGAGUGUGCAAAGCUCAAAGGCGCGAGGAAGAAGCUGGAGUCCCUCACCAAGGAGCUGAUCGCCAUCAACGUCGUGCUGGGGAAGUACGCGCUCAUGGAGAGUCCGGACGUGCAGGUAAAGGCCUGGAUGAAGGAGGUGCGCGAGCUGGCCUACGACAUAGAGGACCGCAUAGACCUCUUCACCUACCAUGUCUACCACGAACCAGCUGAAAACGCCACCGGAGUCAAGAGGAUCGUCCGCAGGUACAUUCAAAAACUGAAGAAGCUACACCAUCGCCGUCAAUUUGCCAAGCAAAUCCAGGAACUUCAAGUCCUCGUCAAUGAAGUGUACGAGCGACAGAUAAGGUACAAGAUCGAUGAGGGCACUGGUGCUUCCACACAUAUAGAGGUUGAUCCUAGAUUGCCCGCUCUAUAUGUGGAGUUUGAAAAACUUGUGGGAAUUGAGGGCCCUAGCGAUGAACUCAUCAAUCGGUUCAUUGGUAAGGAAAGACCAAUGGAGCGGUGUAGAAUUGUUGCCAUUGUUGGAUCUGGAGGUUCUGGGAAAACUACCCUUGCUAAUCAUGUGUACAAGAAAAUCAAAGAUGAGUUCUUCUACACAGCUUUUGUGCCUGUAUCACAAAGGCCUGACAUGACCAACAUCCUGAGGGAGUUGCUAUUGCAAAUUGAAAUCAGUGGUGGAAGAUCAGAUAAAGAUCAGCUGCUAAGAUCAAGUAGUGAAAGACAGCUCAUUGACCGACUAAGAGGACAUCUUCAAAACAACAGGUACCUUAUUGUAAUUGAUGACAUCUGGAGCAAAUCAUCAUGGGAAAUCAUCCAGUGUGCUCUUCCUAAAAAUACACAUGGAAGUAGAAUAAUCAUGACAACACGCAUCAAAAGCCUAGCUGAAUUUUGCUGCACUCCAGAUGAGGACUUUGUCUAUCAAAUAAAGCCUCUUAAUAGACAUGAUUCUGAAAUUUUAUUUCUCAAAAGGGCAUUCAGUGCCGAGGCUCACUUCCCUGAUCAGUUUAAGAUGAUUAUGAAUGACAUACUACAUAAAUGUGAUGGUUUGCCACUGGCCAUAAUUACUAUAGCUUGCUUGUUAGCUAGCAAACCAAGAAGAAAGGAAGAAUGGGAGAGAGUUCGGGAUUCUAUCGGUUCUAUACAUGACAAAGACAAAGAGCUGGAAGUAAUAGACAGGGUAUUGUCGCUCAGUUACCAUGAUCUACCAUGUAAUCUGAAGACUUGCUUAUUGUACCUGAGUAUAUUUCCAGAAGAUUGUACGAUUCACAAAGAUUACUUGGUAUGGAAAUGGAUAGCCGAAGGAUUUGUCGUGGAGAGAGAGGGAUACACUUUGGAGGAAGUAGGAGAGUCUUACUUUAAUGAGCUCAUGAAUAGGAGUUUGGUCCAACCAUUGUUCAUGGACUAUGGUGUGAAGGCAAGUGCAUGCCGAGUCCAUGAUAUAGUACUCCACUUCAUCAUCAACCGGACCAUUGAAGAAAAUUUUGCAUCUAUAUUGGAUAGUCAGGAUCUAUCUUCUCCACAUGGCAAUAAGAUCAGAAGGCUCUCUUUCCGGGAUAAGCAAGAGCAAGCAGGGGGAGUAUCAAUAGAAGUCUUGAAUUUGUCCCAUGCCCGUUCGAUUCAUCUCUUCGCUGCAGCUAGCUGGAUGCCCUCUCUUUUGGACCUACAGGUUCUUCGGGUGUUAGAUCUAGAAGGAUGUGAAGCUUUGAAGAAUGAACAUCUAGAGAACAUUGGCAGUCUAUUCCAUUUGAGAUAUCUGGGGCUCCGGAAGACAAAUGUGGACAAGCUCCCAUCCCAAAUCGGGAAGCUAGAGUUUUUGCAGUCGCUUGAUGUAAGAGGAACAAGGAUCAAAGAACUGCCACGAGAAAUUAUUCAGCUCAAACGGUUGGUGCAUCUUGUAGGCUAUGACCUCCUACUACCGGAUGGGUUCGGUAAAAUGGAAGCUCUUCAGGAGCUUUCUGAGCUUGAUGUCUGCGAUUCCUCGAAAAAUUUCUGUCAAGACAUACAAAAUCUGAGGCAGCUGAGGGAGCUUCGAGUAGCCUUCAAGCAUUCGCGUUGCGGCGUUCAGGACCGAGAACUUAGAAAGGUUGCUUUGCUCUCAUCACUAUGCAAGCUGGGGGAGCACAACCUCCGAUCUCUCUAUAUUGUCAACAAGGAUGGCAAUGUGGAUUGCUUUGCAGAUCAUUCAUGGCGCCCUUCCCCACAUCGCCUCCAAAAGUUUGUGAUGGAAGGUAGCUCCCGCUGUUUCUCCAGGUUCCCAAAGUGGAUUGAUCCAUUGCUGCUUCUUGACCUCACUCACUUGGAGUUCCGUGUCAAACUGCUGGAGAAGGAAGAUGUAGUUCAUGUUCUCCAACGCUUGCCUGCCCUUCUUGUCCUACACCUAUCUGUGAAGUCGAUCCCAAGAGAUGGACUAACUAUCAGCCGCAGCGGGUUCCAUUGCAUCACAUACUUGCGCUUCCAUCAAAGGUUUGGGCCUGGUGUGGCAUUUGAGGAAGGGGCCAUGCCCAAGCUCCAGAAGCUUGACAUCAGUUUCCAUGCUAAUAAGGCUAAUUCUAUAUAUGGCGGCUUGGGUUUUGGCAUCCGGUACCUUUCCUCUCUCAACAAUAUUGUUGCUGGCAUUGAGUAUGACCGUAAAGAUGCUUGUGCGAUGAGGUAUGCCAAGAAUGCUAUCAAUGAAGAAAUCAAGUUGCUUCCCAACCAUCCCAUCAAGGCUAAAAUCUUUGAUCAUUGACUGGGCAAACAAUUUUCGGGGAAUAGUAGAAAUCUCCAAUUGCUAUGGUUGGGAUCAAUCGUUUAGAUUUAGAUGUAGAUUUUACUACCUCCUUCCAAGAGCAUAAUGUAUAUUUUGUUUUAAUGCUGUCUUCAAAGUUAAACUUUGAUCA